CAACUUUCGUUGCUCGUUGAAUUUUGAGCAAAAAUAACAAGGAAUCCACACCGCGACAUUUUCCUGGAAGUUGAAAGGUGGGACGCAAGCUAGACUACGGAGCAGUUCAUAGCAUGGCAACUGGCAUCAGCCUGGACGAUCACAAUGCUUGGGACGACUCUGCUCUGAUUGAUUCUUGGGACGAGGCAGUCGCAGAGUACAAGAAGUAUCACAGCAUUCAAGCGCAAGGCAAGCGCCUGGAAGAUGUGCUGAGUGCGGAAGAACUCCAACGAUUGAGAGAGGAAGGCGAAGAUGUCAUAGAAGAGGCAGAUGGACAGCCAAACAGUGUCGAUCAACGCAGCAAUGCGGACUUCAACGAUCCCGAAACCGCUGACCUGCGUGCCAACGGUAAACCCGGCAGAAGUUUUGAUAAGGUCUCGGAACAGGAAGCAGCAGAUCCGGCAAACCAAGAAACGUCAAGCAAAGUAGAAACAGACCGACAGCACACAGACAUUGCUGCUUCCAUGGCCUCUAUGCCACAGGCUAUGCUCGGAACAGUCAAGGAUGAAAAUCUCAAGAAUUUGAUGAUGUCUUGGUACUAUGCCGGCUACUACACAGGUCUUUACACAGGUCAACAGACAAGUGCAUCUAAAGAAUAGGAACUUUGAGAAUGGCAGUACUAUGGAUUGAGAAGAUACAUAUUUCGUAGCGUUGAGGGACAUCAAAGCAGCAUUAUCGACAAUUCUAAUAAUUGUCAAAGAAGAUAAGUCAAAAGUCAUGGGGGACGAGUCACGACCGCAUUUUGGUGGGCUAGACCAAUGAGCGGUAAGCAUUUUCUUUGGGCGAAAUGUUUGUGUAUUACUGUGAUACGGGAUGCUGACUAGAACAGCGUUCGCGGCUCGGCGACGUUAGAACUUUUGAAGAAAAAGAAGUGCUCGGAUAGCCAGAGCCGUUAUUAUCUUUUCAUGCAGAUGACUUCUCCCUUUCACAGGCCCUUUUCAGGCUUCUCCGACCAAACCCUGGGCGAGGUGGUCGCUGAUUGGGUAGCCUAAGCCAGUUGCGGAGAGGCGAAACAGAUGCGCGACAGGAUGCGACGGUCUUC